GUAAUCCGCUAGCCAUGUCAUACGCCCCAUCCAUCGCCUCUUCCACGGCUACCCUCGUCGGUGCAUCUCAGCCCAAAUCCAAAGGUGUCCCUCACCGUGACUACGAAGCCGCCCUCGGCCAGCUCUCCGCGUCAUACGGCUACGGCUGUCACUUUCCUGCUCCCCAGAAAAGCACUACGACUGCAUCAUCAUCCUCGUCCUCGUCAUCUUCCUUCUGGAAAUUCGGGAAGAAGUCCGCGUCAUCCUCCAAGUCAACCAAGUCUACCACCUCUGCGCCCGCUGAGAAACGCGCGCACUACCCCCAGCCCCAGUACAAAGACUGCUCAGCCGCGCUCGGCGACUUGAUGAGCACGUACGGCGCUCCUGGAGGCUCUGCAGGUCCUGUGUCAAAGCACCCCAAGUAAUCUCAUAUAUCGGUUUUGAUAAACACAUCAACACCGUACCCGGUACACCACCUAUGCCACCCUCGCAGUGAUCUUCAAGAUCAGUAGUUGCGCAGCCUCUGAUUAGGCCGCUUCCCCUCGUCCUCCCGUGUAAGAACGACGUCGACCAUGGUGGAGCUAAAGGAAGCACAUUCGCCGGCGGGUACCUGCGCAACAGAGUCGCAGGGCUGGCCGGCACCGCAGAGAUCGAAGGAAGGGCUUGAAUAUGCCGCUCUCGCGAAGACUCCUCC